UUAGUUCCAGUGCCACCUCCUUGUGAAAGGAAUUCAGUUUGGGCUGAACAGGCCAGUCAUGUUUGCGUAGGAGGCUCCCUACCCCUGAUUGCAUUUUCCACAACUUUCUACACUUCACUUUUUAAACUUUGCUCAGGGGGUAAAAGCUGCGAGACCAUAUUUUGGAUACCAACAAGACAGCACACAAGAGUGACGGAUUUUUUAUUUCUUUUCACUGCAUGAAGUAGAAAUGAAACUGGGUCGGCUUCUGCUACUGGCUCUGGUCACAGUGUUCCUGAUGGUUGUUGUUCAAUGCCAGAAAAAAGAACAUCAAGCAAAAGCAAGAAAAGAGAAAAACCACAAAGGCAAAGUUAAACCUACAAUUGGAUCCAUGGUGAAGCCAACAGUUAGAAAAGACAAGGCAGCAGUGACAAAGUCGAAAGCUAAAUCGAGUCCAAAGACCACUCCUCCACCACAUGCACCCUCUCCGUCAGAACCUUCCUUGGUACACGUGAUAGACAGAAGAAGGUUUGAAAAAGUGGGAGAAUCCCUUACUGUCAAAGCUGGGGACACUCUGGAGCUGCGCUGCAAGGGAAAAUCACUUGACUGGACCUACCCUGAGUACCUGGAGGAGGAAGAUGAAGGCAGACUCAGAUUUAUUCAGCAUGAGAAGUACAAUUCUCUCAUUCUGGUGAACUCCACAGCAGCUGACACAGGGGAAUAUACGUGCUAUCCUCUCUACUGUGAAGAACGAGAUUGCAGGAGGAUCUAUGACAAAGCAGUCAAAACAUUUAUUUUCUUUUCAGACCCACAGGAGCUUUUUGUGCCAUCGGCAGACUACUAUGAAGUGGUACAGAUGCGUACCAAUCGACCUACCACUCUGCCCUGCCAGGUGACAUCGCCAGAAGCCAAAGUAACGUUGCAUCGAGAGUUCCCCCCCGAGGAGGUCAAAGUAGAUGGAGUGGAGAUUUCCUUUGAUCUGAAGAAGGGCUUCACCAUCCGUCAGCCAAAACCUCACCAUGCAGGCUCACUUUUCUGCAUGGCCAGCUUGGGUGAUUUACGGCAGAUCUCUACAAAGUACAUGCUGAUCUACGUUAAUUAUCCAGCAAGUCCUCCAGCUCCUGCAAUCAAAGCCUCAUCUGAGUCAGUCCAUGUUGGACAGAAUCUACAAGUGACCUGCACAGUGCUUGGUGACCUGAAUGUGGCAAUCGACUUUACAUGGGAGUAUCCCGGGGAGAAGAUUGGCCGACCCCCUUACACGCAGGAGUCCACUAGGACAGUCCGCGCUGGAGGAAGAUCAUUGCAGCAAUCUGAGACAGUACUCCUAGUAGAUGAAGUGCGACCAGUAGACCAAGGCACCUACAUUUGUACAGCCCAGAACCUGGAGGGAUCCACUAGCAUCUCCACCAGUGUUGUUGUAUUGCCUGCUCGUACUCUUAGGUCAGCAUAGCUCUGACAGGACUCACAAUAAGUUAUUUAAACCAACAGAAACCCCUACUAUCAGAAUGGUAUCUCGGAAAGCUCCAAAGGUGCCCAGUGUAGAAGGUUUUGAAAGGAACUGGAUGAAGGUUUGCAUACAGAGCUAGAGGCUGGGCUGUGGACUUGGGGAGAGUGAAUCUUUCUAAGCUUUUAGUCAUCUGCUUAGCUAUCAGCAGCAGUGGUUGUGAAUGUGGAUAGGGGACACGAUGCCCUUUUCAAAGAUGCUGCCCCUCAAGUGAUGCUAUUUUAGGCUAUACAGCUUUAUUGUAAAAAAAUAUUUCCCAAAGAAAAAGUCACAGAUGGAGCUAUCAAGCACUCCGUGUGCUCUCCUCUGUCUUCCUGCUCUUUUUGACUUUUGAUCUGACUGAUAACCUUGCAUAUGUUACACUGAACCAAAGAAUGGCGAUUUAAACACGGGAUGAAGGAGUCUCACUCAGAUCUUUAACACAUGCGGCCCGUUCUGAGCUGUUCCAGCAAACAGAAGUCAGCUAUAUUCCAUUUUGAGUAAAAUUCACACAUAUUGUC